AUGUGCGCAGCUCAAGCAUCAGGAUGUCCACGAGGACCACCAGGUCCUCCCGGUCUACCUGGAAUGCCGGGAGAGGAUGGCCAGCCAGGUCUUCCUGGAAGAGCAGGAGGAGCCGGUGUGGCAGUGGAAGGACAUCACAGUGGAGGUUGCAUUUCGUGCCCAGCCGGACCUCCAGGUGCACCCGGUCCAGAUGGAGCUCCUGGUCCAGCCGGAGCCCCAGGAAAUCCAGGAGCAGACGGACAAGGGAUGGGAGGAGGUAUGGCCGGACCACCUGGUCCUCCAGGCGCACCUGGACAAGAUGGACGACCUGGUAGCCCCGGACAAGAUGGAGCCCCAGGAGCACCAGGAACGAGAUCCUUCGGACUUCCAGGACCAGCGGGAGCACCCGGGCCAGCAGGUCCACCUGGUAUGCCAGGGCAAGACGGUGGUCACUCUGGUACAGGAGGCCCCGGACCUGCAGGACCCCCUGGUGCUCCUGGCAACGACGGAGCACCAGGAGCACCGGGAGCUCCUGGAAUGCCUGGUGGCAGUGGAUCGCCAGGAUCAGAUGCUGCUUACUGCCCUUGCCCUGCACGUAUUGGAGGUGGAGCACCUGUAGGAGGUGGUGGCGGCAAUUACGGCGCCUCCGGUGGAAGAUCGUAUUCAGCUGGAGGAAGAGCGAAUGGAGGUAACUACAACGGAGGAGUUCGAGGUGGCGGUGCUCACGAAGGCUCUUUUGAUGAAGUUCGUUUCAAGAGACGCCGUGUCGUUUACACCGCGGCAUAG